UUUUUUUCGUCUUCUCUUUUCGUAUCUCUCAACUUGGCACUUCUCUUUUCUUUUUGGUGGUAUGGUUGUCUCUCAUCUUCUUUCUUGAGGAUGCGACAUGCCAUGCAAUGGAACGUGUUCGUCGGAUGGAUUUUGGCUUUGUCUAUUGUCCAUCAUUACUGCACGUGCGUACAGUAUGAACAUACAAAAAAGGGCGAUAGACGGCAGGGCAGCAGGUAGGCGAUGUUUCGCAACUGCAACACAGGCGCCAGUUGUUUGGGUUUCAGUUGCGCGAACCGAGCAGAUCGGCAAAACACACGCAGCUUGGGUGCUGCUCUUUACUCUUUUUGUGGACGAGAAGCAAGAUUAUUUCUUGUCGGUGUUUGAGACAGAAAGAGAGCAUUUCUCUUUCCUCAUUGAAAGGAUCAAGGCCGCUGCGCUCCCGACGGACUAGAUAAACGAUGUAGAUCCAAGGCUUGGCGCUUCCCUCCUUUUUGACGGCGUCGUGUCGCACCGUUAACGUGCCUUGUGUGCCUGGCCCGCGAUGCAAGUGCGCAGCCUAAUGCGAUCU